AAAGUGUUCCGCAAGCCUGCCCAAGAGCCUGCUCUCUCUCAGUCCAAGCAAACACUGCAAGAGCCCAAAAAGCAGCCGUCAUGGAAGUACCCAUGGAUGCCAGAGGAACCCACGAGUCCCGAGGUGCCGGUUGUGCCGGUCCCAGCCAACUCUGUGGCUGUGAGGUGCGGCGAGAAUAACAUACUGGUGGAAGUGAACCAGGACUUCUUUGGCACUGGACAGCUGAUUGAACCAGGUGAUAUCCGUCUUGGUGACUGUUUCAUGACUUCGGAGAUCUCAUCUCGGGUUCUAGUGUUUGACUCUGAAUUGCACCGAUGUGGAAGCAGGCUCCAGAUGAUUGAGGAUGAACUGGUGUAUACUUUCACCCUCGUGUAUGCACCCCAAGCCCUCAGUGCAUCUCCUAUUGUAAGAACAAACAGUGCUACAGUUGACACAGAAUGCCGUUACUCAAGGGUGCAUAAUGUGAGCAGUGAUGCCCUCAGACCAACUUGGGUCCCUUAUGCUGCCACUAAAGUUGCUGAGGAGGGCCUGACCUUCUCCUUGAGACUCAUGACAGAUGACUGGAAGUUUGCGCGGGCCCCCAACACCUACUACCUGGGAGACACCAUGCAUAUAGAAGCCUCAGUGAUCCAGUACAACCAUGUGCCGUUGCGUGUGUUUGUCCACUCCUGUGUGGCUACUGCAGUCCCUGAUAUGAACGCAUUACCCAAAUAUUCAUUCAUUGAGAACCAUGGGUGUCUCGUUGAUACCACGCUGACCGGCUCCAGGUCUCGCUUCCUGCCCAGGCCUCAGGAUGACAAGCUGCGGUUUGAGCUGGAGGCCUUUAGAUUUGCACCAGGAGACGGAGACAAUAUCUAUAUUGCCUGCCAGCUGGUGGCAACCACAGCAUCAACAAUGUCCAACCACAAGGCUUGUUCCUUCUCUAAUGAUCGAUGGACUUGUUCUGAUGGCAUGGAUGAGAUGUGUGUCUGCUGUGACUCUACGUGUGGAACAGAAGGGGCUGCAGAUGGACAGUGGGAAUCGGAGGCGCUCUUGGGGCCAGUAAAGGACAUUGACGCAUACUGAAAUGUUAUGCAAAUAUCUGCAUUUUAAAUAAAAAUGACAUAAAUCUA